AUGUUCUCUGCUCCUAACAGCAUCCUCAUCUCCGGCACUCGCCCGCUCUUACAUUCCUUUGCAAAAUUACUCUCCAGUUAUUUCGAUAUUACGGUUUCCCCUCUCUCUCUUUCUCAUUAUCUUAUUUACUGGGCUUCACUUAUUAUAUCUUUCUUUUCUUUUUUAUUCCCACUCCCACCACCUUCUUUUGUUAUUCUUUGUCGUCUUUCCCACCCACCAAAUACUAUUUUCUCUCUCUCUCUCUCUCUUUCUCUCUCUCUCUCUAUCUAUCUUUUUAACUCCCAUUCUAAACGCCAUCUUUUUUUUUAUUCUUUUGUUGUCUUCUGCUUUUUAUUCGAACACUUCUUUCUCACACUAUCUAUCUAUCUAUCUAUCUAUCUAUCUAUCUAUCUAUCUAUCUAUCUAUCUAUCUAUCUAUCUUUUUCAGCCCCUUUCCAAAUCUCCUCUCUUUGUAUACCUUUGUCAUUUCAUUUUUCCUUUCUUUUUUUAAAAAUUUUAUUUCCAUUCCCACCUCCUCUCUUUAUCGUCUUCAUUUUCCCCACAGAUAGCAUAUACUAUCUAUCUAUCUAUCUAUCUAUCUAUCUAUCUAUCUAUCUAUCUAUCUAUCUAUCUAUCGCCAUUCUUCAUUCUUCUUCCUCCUACCGCUACACUGUUAUUCCUGAUGCUGACGACAUUGGGUGA